AUGCUGAUCAUUUUUUAUGUUCUGCUGACUGUUGGAGUUGGACGAUGCAAAGAUGGUUUGACAAUAGAAACAAAAACUGUUUCUGCUGGAGCUGAUGUGAACCUAACCUGUCCACGCCUGAAGUCUGAAAAUAAUGCAAAAUUAUUCUGGAUCAGAUUUAUCCCUGGAAAAUGGCCUGAAUUCCUGGGAAGAACAUUUUCCUUUGAUAUUGAGAAUAAUGAUGAAGAGACCCGCAUCAACCGUAUUAGUGCAAUGCAAGAACUUGGAACCUUUGUUCUGCAUAUUAGCAAAGUUAAGCCAAGUGAUGCUGGCCUUUAUUACUGUAUAAAAGUCCAUCGUCUCAACCUGACAUUCAUGACAGGAGAGUUUUUAAGAAUUAAAGAAAAAGAACCAAACAUUACUGCCAUCAUCCAACACCCUCUACCAGGUCAAGUCCAUCCAGGAGAUCCAGUCUCUCUACAGUGUUCAGUCCUCUUUAACUCUGAAGAUGAAACUUGUUCAACAGAUCAUAGGGUGUACUGGUUCCAAACUGGAUCAAGCAAAUCUCUUCCCAGUUUCAUUUAUGCUCAUGGGAACCAUGGAAAUGAAUGUGAGAACAGUACUGAGGAUCAUUCUGGACAAAGGUGUAUCUACAGCUUCUCAGUGAAUGUCUCUUCUUCUGAUGUUGGGACUUAUUACUGUGCUGUAGCCUCAUGUGGAGUGAUAAUGUACAGCAAGGGAAUAAAACUGGACACAGAAGAACCUAACGCGUGGGAUUUGCAGAAGACAAAUAUUGCUUUUAUUCUGUUAUGUGCUGUUUUGACUGCGAGUGUGGUUGUUAUAUUCAUCCUCACCUACAUCGUCAGGAAGAAAACCUGUCACUGUUCCAAUGAUGCUGUAAGUGGCCCUGAUGAUCAGCAACUUCAUCAGAGAGAUGGAGUCUCCUUGAUUUACACUGCGCCCACAUUCACCAGAGGGAAAGCUGCCGGAAUGGAGAGAAGAAACAAAGAAACAACAGAGGCAAUCUACAGUGGUGUCAGAGGAUAAGGGAAUAAAUUAUUCACUAAAUGUCAUUGAUUUGGGAAAUGUUAGGUAAUGUUGUUUUUUUCUUCUUCUUUUUAUUCAAGACAUUGAAAUAGCAUUUGGA